CUGAAUAAACACAGCUGCCAGGCUGGCAUUUGCGCUUGAUGUAGAAUGCCCUGUAGCUGUUCUGUAACACAUGUGUGAUUUUUGCCGGAUAUCAGCCGUUUAUUAGCUGGUAAAGGUAAGACUAUUUAAUAAUAGGCUGCCUGCCCCCUGCGCUGGAGGAACGAGUAUGCAAAUGGUUGUGAUAUUGCAUCGUUCAGCUGUCAUCAGCUUGUGUUUCUGGUGUCAGAUCGGCUGUGCAUGCACACUGUCCGUCCACAAGCAGGGGAGGGGGUCUGUAGUCCGGCGGCAGAGACUUGGGAAGUUCAGUACUGGAAGCACAGCUGUCAGAGGUCUUGUGGAUGGAGCACAGCACGGCCAAUAGAAAUCACACGGUGAGUGACAGCGAUCGCUCUGCCUUGGACUGUGAAUGGAGAAGUCCUGAUUGACAAAGCAUUGGAGAGAACGAGGCAGAGAGCGCUACCCAACCAUCCCUGCCGCCUCCCUCCUGCUCCUCUCAUCACCAACAUGCUGCCUUUCUGGGGGUGGCACAUUGGCACCAGCAAACGUGUGUUCUGCCAACAACAGAGGUCCAUCUCUAACUCCUCAGUCAGUCUGGAAGACCUGCCCACUCCUUCAUGAAGAGCAAAGCACCCCCUGAAGAGACCCACUCCGAUCCUGGAAGCCCCCUCUGCAUCGCACGGAGAUGAUGGAGGUGAACAGGACUUGUCUUGACUGCUGGACACCAGGAGCAGCGGGCACAGAGCAAGACUGGCAGGACCACCCUUCUCCUGGGGUGACCAUUGCUCUGGCAGCAGUGCUGAUCUUCACCAUCGUGGUGGACAUCCUGGGCAAUGUCUUGGUUAUUCUGUCAGUCCUCAGGAACAAAAAGCUCCAGAAUGCUGGCAACAUCUUUGUCGUCAGUUUAUCCGUUGCGGACCUUGUAGUGGCGGUGUACCCAUAUCCAGUAAUCCUCAUAGCUAUUUUCCAUAAUGGAUGGACACUGGGUAAUAUUCAUUGCCAAAUUAGUGGAUUUCUUAUGGGACUAAGUGUCAUCGGUUCUGUCUUCAACAUUACAGCCAUAGCCAUUAAUAGAUACUGCUACAUAUGCCACAGCCUGUGGUACGAUAAGCUUUAUAACCAGAAAAGCACAUUAUGUUACCUCUGUUUAACUUGGAUACUGACUGUUAUUGCAAUUGUGCCAAACUUUUUUGUUGGAUCUCUACAAUAUGACCCAAGGAUUUUCUCAUGUACAUUUGCCCAAACAGUCAGUUCUUCUUACACAAUAACAGUGGUUGUGGUGCAUUUUCUUGUUCCUUUGGCCGUGGUAACGUUCUGCUACAUGAGGAUAUGGGUUUUGGUUAUUCAAGUCAAGCACAGAGUAAGACAAGACUGCAAGCAGAAACUAACACCAACAGACCUACGGAACUUUUUAACCAUGUUUGUUGUGUUUGUCCUUUUUGCUGUCUGCUGGGGACCUUUAAACUUUAUUGGCCUAGCGGUGGCAAUCAACCCUUUUCAUGUAGCUCCAAAAAUUCCAAAUUGGCUGUUUGUAUUAAGUUACUUCAUGGCCUACUUCAACAGCUGCCUCAAUGCAGUCAUCUAUGGUCUUCUCAAUCAAAACUUCCGAAAGGAGUACAAAAGAAUUUUGAUGUCUUUGUUGACACCAAGACUGCUAUUUAUUGACACAUCAAAAGGCGGGACAGAAGGAGCUAAAAGCAAACCCUCUCCAGUUGUUACAAAUAAUAAUCAGGCUGAAAUAUGUGUGUAACAAGUUGGCAGCCAUUUUGUACACAUUUUAGUUCAUUAAUCAAAAUUAUUUUUAUCAACAUUUUUCACCAUGUGCCUGUUUUCAUGCACUUUGUGUAUAUUCUAAAUACAGAAAUAUAAUCUCUGAUACAUAUUGCAGUGGUCUUAAUUGAACAAAAGUAAUACUGUUUUACUGAAUGAAUUUUACAGCUUUAGAGCUUAAAGGAGAAGUCAGCCCAAAACUUAUAUUUCCAAUAUAGGUGGAUGCUGGUGGACCUAAUCAACUGCUCUCUUCUUAUACGUCUUGAAACCAAAAUUAGUGGUGGAAUUUUCUUUAUUUCAUAACAGAAGAAAGAGUCUCACUGUUCUUGCUGUAUUAUUUUUAAAGAAAAAUAAAUGUAAAAGAUAAUAUAGGGAUAGUGUUUCACAGUGAAAUCUGUGAAAACAUGUAUUUGGUGUGUGUUUAUAGACUACCACAGAGUACCACCAAAUGAAGAACUACAUAGAUGCUACGUGACCUUCCAAAGAUCUUAUUCCAACUUGU